CAUAACACCAAGCCAAACAUAAGUGUAGGCCGGAAUAAUCGCGGUAUGAAUAAUUGCCAUUGUGGCGGUUCGAUUUGUUUUCAGAAGGAAGGUGGCGUAUCGUGAUUUUGUUUAUUCUCGCCAGGAACUGAAAUUUUUGUUCGAUGUUGUGCCAAGGUCUGUUGACAAGGAAAUAUCACAAUACACUGACAAAAGCACUUCACGGCUAUCAGUCAAAAACAUGAAGCAUUGACGUAUGGUGGGCUGCAUUUAAAUGUGUACUCUUGGUGUAGUUAUGCAGCACGAGCGUAGUAUCAAAGACAACACGGUAAACGUUUCAACAAAAGUAGAGAAAAUACUUGAUCAAGGCGAAAAAGGACCGGAGACAGUUACUAGGACCAAACGCGGCCGAGUGCGUUUAUUAAGAAGAUGCACAUCACAGAAACAUUUGUUGGAUGAAAAUCAAAAGGAUGGCGGCGAGGGGCGAAACAGACAAGACUCAAUUAUUUCGUCCACAAGUAGCGGUUUGUUGUUUGUGAGGCCGCUCUCUAGCUCUACCAAAAAGCAGGGCGCACCCGAGCUGUUUCCCCGCCCCAAAUCAAGUCUCAUGGAGGCGUCAGGAACUUCAAAAACCAGGAAAGCAAGUGACUCUAACUCUGAUCGAUUAACGAGAAGAAGAAGCUCAAGCUCGUCGUCGUCAAAAACCUCAGUGCCGUCUGUGGUGAGGAGAUCGAGCUAUUUUAGCUUACAGGGCCUUCGACGAACAAUUGCAACUGACCAUGGAGAAGCGAAACAAAUGAAAAAGAAAGGGUCUAGAGAAGAUUUCGGCCGGUUUUUUAAGGGAAUGGUCACAGUAAUAAACGAGGAGGAGAUGGAAGAGAAACGACAACUGGUUAGUUUUAGUAUCUCCUUAAUUUAAUCACUUGAUUAAUAGUUCUGGUUUUUGAUAACAAGCUUUAUUAUGCGUUGCCACAGAAUUAAUGCGUGACCCCGUCCUAAAUAAAUCUUCCCAUUCUUCUUUUGGAUUGAGCGCAUAAGGAGAUGCCGAGUGUCUCUAAAACUGUUUUCAAGGUCAUUUUGAAAAAAAUUUUUUUAUUGGAUACGAAAUAUUGAGAAAUUAGGCAAGCUAAACAUUUGGAAUAAAUUGGUUUUAGCAACUGAGCUGAUGAUAAAAAUUGACUACCGUUAAGAGUUUCUUAAGCUAACGACGUUUCGAGCGAUAACCUUUCGUUAGAGCAACGAAGUGGCCAAUGUACAUUAUCAAAUCAGUUGUUAAGAUCGAAUUAUCUUGUAAAUGGCCCUUGCCGACUCAGCACGACAGUUUCUUUGGAAACUUACCCACUUUCUUCAUGUAUUUUACAUGCAGAAGUUUUCUUACACCUAUAGCAGUGCCUUAAAUUUCACUGCCGCUGAUUCCCUAAGUGUUUCCAUCGCUUUUUGACAGCUUUCCAAUACCUUUAUGGUUAGAUGAGCAUCUUAGUUGACAUUUGUUUCAGCACAAAUAAAUCUAUGUCGGAGUUUUUAUUGACAUUUGAUUCAACAAACGGAGGCACCAGUUAAUAGGCUACACUGGCCUUUAAUUACUUUUUAAUUGCCUGCGAAGUUUGUGUAACCAACAAAAGACAAAACAUAGUGAGUAAACAGAAACCUGAAAUACGACAGAAAAUGUACAAAAAGCGUACAAGAGUAAAUCAUUUUGUACUUGGAGAGAUUUGAUUUUAAGGAAUCUCUGCAUCGCAUGGCAAAUUCCAUUGCUCGUUCUGCGUGGUAGUUAAUGCAUUUUGUGAUUAUCACAGCAAAUGCAUUUUCUAUCAUUUCAUCUUAACAAAGAACAAUAAAACGCGCGGUCGCUAUUUUGAAAAUUAUUUUUUUCAGUGCAAAAUAACAAUCAAUCACAGACGCUUUGUUGAUCACUGGAGUGCUACGUCGUUCCUGUUCUAGAAUGAAAUCCUACUGGGCAGGAUACCAGGCUUCUGAUGUGCAAAUGCGAUGUUUGACUUUUUGUUACAAGCAGGAUGUGUAUCAGAGUCGUUGCUGUUUGAUAGAGUGUGGUAAAUCCACCAAAACAGAGAAAUCACAAUCGCUGAUCAGAAUAAUGGAAAAUAUAACGAGAAGCCAAUUAAGGCUGAAACCAAAAGCAAGCGCUGGCAAACGGCUUAAAGCGCGGGAAAGCGCGAAUGACCUAGUCGAGAUCGAUUCGUUGAGAAAAUGAAGCGAGUUUUCUCGAGCAAUUGCCGAGUAAAAUAAAGUAAAACCAAACCAAUCUUGAAAUACUUUCGGCACUCAAUAAAAAGUUACCCUAUUGUAGACUGGAUUUCAUAUGACCGUCUCCAAGUAAUCACGUGAAAGGCAAAUCAUACAAAAUAACUACAACGAGAAAUCAGAGCAGAUACUAGCAAACUGCCUUGCACUCAAGGCACGGAAAAAGCAAUCGCGAAUUGAUUUUAGUUUUGCAUCUAACUUGCGAUCAGUCCCUCAUUUUCGCCGGGGUCAUCUCGCAAGUAAAAAAAAAGUAAAAUAAUGGGAAAAUAACAAGAGUCCAAGUAAUGGGCUCCUGGAAAAUAAUUGAUGUUAGCGCGCCACACUGAAGUCUUUUGGUGCCCUUACUUUCAGAAUUCUGCGCAGCGCGCUCACAUUAUUUCUUUACUCGAUGAUCUUUUCUGACUCGAGCGACGGACUUCCUCGAAAAAGAGGGAAAACUUGUAGUCUACCGAAAAAAGUGGUGAACGUUUCUAGACCAAUCAGAGAGCUAAGUAUAGGUGAAAUCAAAGUAAUUCUGAAUUACUUUGGAUUCUCAACAUCAGUUUUGUAAAGUGGUAAGUAAGUCUCUUUUCAUACCUUUUUUUUUUUUCAUCUUUUCAGGCUCUUUCAAGGUUUCGCCGUGCUGUAUAUCUGAUUCGCAUUUUCAGUUCCUUAUGUCUUAGCAUCAGACGAUAUGCUGACCAAGACAAAUCUCGACAGUAUGAUUUUUACUACAUUAGAGACAUUUUAAUGGGAGACGAUGACGGAGGAACUACAGUGAAGGAAGCCCCCAUAACUUUCAACAAAAACCUUUUCUCUAGGGAUAACACGGUAAAACAAUCCUUGUAUGGCAAAAUUGUCCCCCUUGUAACAAAUUUGUUGUAUGAAAAGCUUGCGGUUAAUAGUCAUCGUGGUGAUUACACACUUCUAUAAUAAGUUAUAUUUGCGUGUCUCACGAUGUAGUCGUUUCCGAUGUAGAUCGCAAUGUUUCGAUUGCAUACUACAUGCCUACAACUUAGGUAGUCUGCGAGCAAGCCGUUUUCAUAACUGAAGCACCUCGGCACGAGUGUUUCUUCGCCCGCGGGAAGGAUUAGGCCUUGAGCAACGCAAGCCAUUAAGAGAUCUGUAAGGGGCUCAGGGACCUCUCCCCGACUUGUCUCAAAUCUUCCCGCGGGUGGAGAAACGCACACCCUGCAGCGCUAAUAAUAAGGCCUUUCUCGCAGGCUAUCUUCAAGCGAUAAGGGUUGCAAUCCUUUUAGGCAAUCUAAAUCCCGAUUUUACGAUCCAAAAUUCAAUUUCCGUUCCAUUAAGGACCAAACCAAUCUAAGAUUGCAAUCUGAGCGAUCUACCUACGAACUUCGAUCAUUCGGAUAGGUAUCUCAAUUUGGUUUCAGAUGUUUGUUCCUUUUAACUGAACCAGCCUGGAUCUUGAUCGUGCUAAAAAAUUAAAAGGACAUGGCCGACACCAGAGAUAAACAUGACGGGUCAAUACGUGAAUUUUCAAGUCAUUCUAGGUUCUUGACAACUGCUUCGUUCCUCCUGAAAUCUUUGUGGUUGUGGAAGUUGAACUUGGGUGUUGAGAGUAGGUAAAAAAAAGUUGGAAAUUCGCACCCUAAAGUCCGUAAAACGGCAUCUAUAUUUUCAGUUACGCAACGUAAGCAUCCGUCCGAACUGCAACAUUUCUGUACGUUUUGUUAUGCUUCUCAAACAUCAUAAAAAUGGGCAAGUCAUCUACUUUCAAGAUGGUUUCCCUUUUUUUCUGUAUUUCCUUUACAAACUCUUCUCGUAAGGAGUGAAAGGCUAAAGUCGACUGGGUACGCAUCACCUCUGGCAAUCAGUAACGAUAAUUAGUGCCCGACCCUCGGCAAACCUCUGCCCUCCCGCCUCAAAUAUUAGGGACCUUUAGCAGUUAUGACAGCAACGCCAAUGAAGACGUCGAUUUAAAAAUAUAUACAUAUUUUUAGUUGGAAUUUCGCGAAUGACAGGAUGUGCUUACCAUCUGCUAUGGCGCCGCAAGUUAACCGCUCAGCAUAAGGUAUGAGAGCGGCGUUGAGUUCCAAAUGGAAACUUAAAUAAUCUGCUGUCGGGGUUUCCUUUCUAGGACCACGCAAAUUCUGAUGAUUUCACGUUGUUAUUUUGCAGAGGACAGCUAAGAAAUGUACCCAGUUUUAAAACGCACGUGCUGAGCUAUUGUUCUGCUCAUUAGAUCUUUUGUUUUACCACGAUCUCGUUGCCGUCGUCGUCGUGGUUUGCUAAAGUGCCUAUUUCCGCGGCCGGAGAAACGGGCUUCCUGCAGCGCUAUUAAUAAGGACGUGCUCGCAGAAUAUCUUCCGGCGAAAAGUUCGACUGGGUACGCGUCAUUUUAUGAACCACCUGCAGAAGACUUACAAUUUGCAGUCGAAACAAUGCAAUCCACAUCAGAAACGAUUACAACAGGAGGCAAACGAUUAUAUCAAUUACAACGAUCAAAAUCUUUGAUCAUCUUGAAAUCUUCCUCAACCAAAUUUACAAUUUACCUUCUCUCCUAAUCUUCCUGCCCUAAUGGCACUUUCAUUGGUGCUGAUCCUCGUACUAUUCAGGACAUGAGCAUGGACCAAUUCACUCUCGAGUUCUCUGCAGCUCAUGUAGUUGAUGGAGCGUACGAUUAGCAGCCUGUGAUUCGUGCGAUAUCAGCUUGAGGGGUUACGUGGCUAAGUAGAAAAUUUUUCCCAAACAUUUAUUAUCUUAAUAUUUUUCUACAGCUUCAUUUUCCACUAUGGGCUCGUUUGAUUUGUGCGAAGAAGCCAGAACAUAGAAGCGAGGCUGAAAUGAACAAGCUUGUAACACUGCUGCGUGGCAUGAAGAGCUUUGGAAAGUUUUCCCGUGAAUCACAGCGAAACUUGUGUCAAACAAUGACCUAUGCCUGGUAAGAUUUUUAUUUUAGUGUGUUGAAGCGCUUCUCGCUUCUCGUGAAAUGAAAAUGGUGUAAUAACACACGACGACCAUUCAGAACAAAGCAAAAUAUCUCUGGGUGUCAGUUAAAUUAAUCAAAUUGAGAACUGACGGCCUUAAGCGCAGGUAAACGCGAGUGACCAAAUCGCGUUUGGUUAAGUUGUAUAUCAGAUGGAUCUGGAGGGUAGCGGUAGAUUUCGUCACACUAUGAGCAGAGCAGAGCAGAGCAGAGUAGAACAAAACCUGUGUAGUCACAAGUUAAUUCUGACGCUGAGCUUGUAGUAUAUUUUCUAUACCUUAGGCUCUCACAUGAAAUAAUAGCCUGAAAACUCAUCAUUUUGCGCUUAGUUAGAGAAGUGACUAUUUAGCAUGGUUUAAGAACACGUUUCAGUUCUAUCUUAAUAAAGACAGAAUUCCUUGCAAUUCUCUUCAAUUACUACUUUGAUAAAUCCAACUUACCUGGCGUGUAUCUGUUCAUAGCUAUGAUCGCAGAAGGCUUAUCGUUCGACAAGGACAUCCGGGAUACUGUUUCUACUUCAUAGUCUCGGGCUCAGUCUCCGUCACCAUAACUCGGUUGGACUAUAAGACAGGGGUCUACGUAACAAACACUGUGGAUGUACUGGAGAAGAACGAAGCCUUUGGGGUAAAGUUCCUUAUGUAGCUGUUAUAGAAUGUUCUCUUCCUAAAUCCCACAUUGAUCAGUAGUGUUUAUAGGUUUAUAGCUGUCUAAAAAAAGGAAGGUUUCACCAAUUCCGCGAGAUUACUUUCCAGUACAAUAAGAGAAAAUCAAACUAAGAGAAAGACCCAAUUGAUUAAUUCUAAACUCAAGGGAUCUGAUUCCCUGAGGAAUGUUACGUGUACCUCGAGUGUUGCUUAAAUAUUUUGGUAUAAAACGUGAUCAAUGUUCCAUUUAAUCACACGAAGCUUUUGUCAUUUUUUAUCCUAUCGGCAGGAAGAACGCUUGUCUCUUUUAGAACAUUGAUAACCCACCUCACCAUCGACGUCUCUGUAGUUUAGACUUAAAGCAGCGGAGAGCGAAAACCGAGGAUCUGGUGUUUGACCCCUUUAGGUUGACUAAGAUUUUUCUCUUUUUCCUUUACUUAUGACAAAUCGAAGAGCACUGAUGUCUUUCCUUUAAAGGCUUCUUAUCUCAAAAUGUCCCUGGGAUCUCCUAAUUGAUUUAGAUGUAAUUCGAGACGGGCCCCCUGAGGAACAGGGCCCAUACAGUUGAUUGAGUCACUUUGCUGAAUCUUUUCUCAAGUGCAAACGGUAUAUUGCCCCUCUGUCUCCGUCUGAGGCCAGGAAAUCUCAAAGAUGGAUCUCAUACAAAACAGGGCGCCGAGUAUUUGACUACGAUGUAUCCCAUCCACGAUUUCAGGACGGCAAAUAAAACGGGUCUUUAAAUUUUCCUUUCUUCAGGAGAUAGCGCUCAUUUCAGAGGAAGCAAGGCGAACAGCCACAAUCAUAUGUCGGGAAAGAGUCGAGGUACUUGUGGUAAACAGGGAGACCAUCUUGGAAUACUGUCCAGACGUGUUUCAAAGAGAAUACGAAGAAAAACUGCAAGUUAUGAGGUAACCUCAGCUUACACUUUUCACCUUUCAAGGUCCUUAGUUUUUAAAUACCCUCAGUUGCGGAAUCAACACUCCAACUGUAUCGUCCUCCGUAAAAAAUUCUUUAAUCAACAAUUAUUAAGUUCCGUCCUUUUUUCCCUUAUUUUUCUCCUUGGUUCGAAUCUGGUGUCACACCUAUGGGCCUUGUUCAAUGUUGUAUAUCAUUGCAAGCUUUUGCUCUUUUGGGUGGAAACCUAACCUUAACCCUGUAACUCCUAAGAUUUUAUUAGUAAUUCUCCUUACUGUCUGCCAUACAGUUCUUGUGAUGUUAGUUUGGAGAAGUUGGUUUUGGGUCAACUUAUAAUCCCCUAAUUAUCAGUUAUCCCCAGCUAUCCCCAGAGGGGUCUGAGGAUAACGGAGGGAUCAGAGGGAUCUGCAUACGUAACUGAAACUGAGACCCCGAUCAGCAGUUGGAUGCAACAUCAAUACCAGUUUACCAGACCUAACAUUACUAACUUGACAGGAAUUACCUUAAUUUCAUAGGGUGUUCGGUCUCAAUCUGAUGCUCGCUCGUGAAAGUAUGUUGCCAAAUACACGAAGACGAUUCAGUUCUCUCUUGACGCCAGCCUUAACUAGGUCCAGCACAUAUUCAAUUAAGUUGCGAGGAACAGACCGUAAUAAGAAAAUUAUAGUACUGCACCAAACCCGACUGCAAACUCAUUCCCAGGGUACCUCUUUUUAGUACCUCUCUCUCCUCCUCCAGGAAGAGGGAAAAAGAGAGAUCCUCGAAACGAGGUUGAGCCGAAUGAUAUUUCAAAGAAGACUGUCCCCCAGUCUUUUCCUUUCUUCUCUAAUUAACAUUUGAUGCGUCUUUUAUUUUCAGGAGUCAUUCCUUGUUUGACGGCUGGGGAGAGGACCUUUUACGACCAUUGAGUUUUCGAUCACAUAUCAGAGAGGUAAGCAAGAAAAGGAACACUCAAUUUUGGUUGAUCUUCCUUCCGCUUUUAUCAGUAGAAUGCGUAAAUGUCAAAGAAAAGGUGCCAUUCCUUUUCUAACUCUUCUUUGUUCGUUGCAGUUCUCUUACGGGAAGCUGAUCGACGAGGAUUCGACAACUUCAGAAUCAAUUUACUUUAUAAUAAAGGUAAGCAGUUGAUCUGAGGGAACUCAAUGUUUACUUUUGCUCGAAUGUUUAUUUGUUGUAUUUAAACCAGUCAUCCUUACAGUAAAGAGAUACCAUAUGGCUUUGUCAUGAAAUUGAGAAAUAGCAGUUCACCACUUUAACUCGGAAAUCAUGUUUUUAAUAAGAAAGGCCAAACGAUAAGGGAAAAGUUUGUUUUAAAAUUAAUUACUUGUUUGUACUCGAGUAUUAGGUUUGUUUUUGUUUUGCGGGAGGCGCGGUGGCUUAGUAGCUAACUCUGGGUGGAGAGGUCUGGAUUCGAGACUAGGCCAAAGGGAGUUUGGGACUGUGAAGUGAACUUGGGUAAGGCACGUCACUCUCACGGUUCCCUUCCCCCACCCCCCACCCCCCAUCCCCUAUUUCCGAGUACAGAUGAGUAGUAGAGAACUGUCAGAGGAACCUGACGGAACGCUGUCUCUGAACCAGCAUCCUCUUCAGAAAGAACAGGUAGAUACCCGAUCGCGAGACACGAGUCCUUUACGUUUCAUUUCCUUUUUUUUAUCUGUCGCUUUGUUUUGGUAGGGAAAAAUAGAGAUGUUGCGUCGUGUCGACUUGCAAGCUGUUCUGAAAUCUGACGUCACAAUCGACUUAUACAAGCAUCGACCGCUUCCUCGUCCAAUAGCAUCACUUCCUCGCAAGAAGGGGUCCAAUACGUGCUACAUCAACGUGGGCUCAUUACAACCAGGGGAUUCGUGGGUAGGUACUUCAUGAAUGAGCAAAGAGUUGGUUUUGGGGUCCCAUCAUAAAUGCAUGACUGCGGGAAGAGAGUUGGAUUUUAAUGUUUUGGCAUUAAAGGUCAGAAAAAGAUGGACGAUUAUUACCUUUGACACCAAUGCAAGAAGCUUCUCUAAAAAGAGGUGUCCUUACAAUGACGUUAAGAGGCCAAAAAAGAGGUAUAAAGUUUGCGUAUGUGUGGUUAGGAUACGGCUGUAAUAGUGACUCCAUAUUGUCCUUUCGAGCUGUCAGAACCUAGCUGUCACACAACCACACUAUCAAGUAACAAACGAUUUUUCAAAUCGUGUAACGUUUUUUUAAGCUUGACAGAAAAAAAUAAAUGUCAAACAAUAGAAUACCCGUAAUGAAAUAGACUUCGGUACGAACAAUUCUUCUUACAUCAACCUUUCCUGUACUUUCGUUUCCUUCACAUAACAUGAGAACGUUUUAAAUUUGUUUAGUAAUUCUCGUGCGUCGCUGGAAAUUAUGUCUCCCUGUAAAAUUUUUACGCGGGAAAUUACCUUAUGGUUGACCAAAAUUGGACUGCUUGCGGAUGCUCGACAUUUGCCCUCCGUGUUGUGCAUAUCCGAUGCUCAUUAGCUGUGAUUAGCAAGCCUAUUCAUCAGUUAUUCUUCUGCUCCAGGAUCUAACGACCAUGGGAACUGCUGACCAAGAAGCUGGCCCGGGGAAUAUUCUAGUCAGCGCUGGAGUUCGAGUUUUAAAAGUUCCCAAGAGGAGAGUUAUCGAGUUAAGUCCUAGAGGACACAUGGAGACAUUUGAAGAAAAUUUUAACCCCAAACACAGGUUAGUAACAAUAAACCCAGUUACAAUUCUAAUUCUAAACGCUGUAGUCAGGGUGAUUCAUUUAUUUAUAUACAUGGUUCCUCCACUGAUGAUAUUUACUCCCAUGUAGGCUGGAAAGAAUGAAAUAAAGGCUACCUUUAAAGAUAUCACCUUUCGAAAGAGAAAAAGCAAUUUCUUUAAACAAAGAAGGGCCUUUCGGUUUCUCUUAAAAUGUGACUACCCCGCGCGAGCGCAUACAGCUAAAACUACGUCAUCCAAAACUUAACCCAGACAUCCUUGCAUCAUUGAGUUUUAGCGCACUUUUAGCCUUCAAAGCUGAGAGUCUUUUAGGGUAUGGAAAUUUUAGCUUCGUACUCAAGUGUGCGAAUGAAGUUUCAUUGAUAAAUCCAUAAUUUUAGCCUGAGUAUUUCGUUAUUUUCCACGUAGAUGCCUAUCGGACGAGGAGCUUUAUCGAGAUUAUCUGGCCGCCGAGGCUUGGUUAGACUACAGAAAGAAAGUUGUACGGAAUGUUAUGGACUCCAAAGCGGGGCGCUUUAUUGCCCAUGUUUCUGCCACAGAAAAGGGAUCCUCAGGCUGGACGACGUGGCCUGGGAGCAAGCCUGGAACGUGAUUUUACGAACAAAAAUAUUUAAACUGAAUGAAAAGAGCUGCUUUAAUGAUCUAACGCGUACGAAAGAUACCCUCUGUCCCGACUUCUCUGGAAGAGUCUGGCCAUAACAAAAUCAUGCCUCGCAUAUGCGAGCAGAGAAAGAUAUUGAGGGGUCAAGCUACAGCCGUCACUGUCACACAAUGUCGGUGGGGGGAAUUCACCGGUGUCUUCCGACGUUGCUUGACAAAGAGAUGGAAAUAAAUUAUUUCUUAAAGGCAUUACAUCGACAUAGUUAUUUUUAUUUCACUAGUUUAUCUUUUUCUUUGGUUGUUCAGUCUACCCCAAUGUUAUUAUUGGCAGUUCAAGUCAUCGGAAUAUCGCACAAUCUGUCCAACUCUUGGCCUUAUAAAGGGAGGGGAGGGGAAGAGGUUUUGAUAGAUAGAUUGAGGGAUCUGCGGGUUUGCCUAAACAUAUGAACGGAUUACCCAUUAUAGAUUGAGGAUCGCAUGCUCAGUGUUUGCCUUAUUUGCCAUAAGACCUUUGCCUUAUGUUUCACGUGCCGUCAGACUUCAACGAUGAGAGAAAGCAAAAAGGCCUCUCCUGACCGAUAGACCCUGACUAAUGAGCAAUUCCUCUGUGAUGUUAAAACGUUACUUUCUCAAACACAAAGGCAGAAAACUUCGUGUAAAACCUUAGAGUUCAAGACAUCGGAAUAUCGCACAAUCUGUCCAACUCUUGGCCUUUAAAGGGAGGGGAGCAAUUCCUCUGUGAUGUUAUAACGUUACUUUCUCAAACACAAAGGCAGAAAACUUCGUGUAAAACCUUAGAACUUUCCAGGACAAUUAAAAGCAAAAAAGGGCAAAUUAUUCCUCGAAAACUUUUAUAUUGACGCAGAUCGGGAUUUGAAAGAAAAUAACUUCCGUUCAACGGGUCGGGCAGAAUAAUAGCCUGGAUCGGCGGACUUACAUACCCCUAAUCACGCCGUUUCCUCCCCUAAAAUAGUCUUCCUUAACUCUGUAAACCCUACACUGG